CCCCACACCCAAAGCUUCAGCCAUGGGGGCUACGGAGCUGCCCCCCCCCCCGCCUCUUCCUCCUCCUCCUCUUCCUUGGCCUGCGGCACCCAACCCCCACCCGUACCCAAAUGGUGCUGCUGGUGACCCCCGCGGUGCUGCGGGUGGGGACGGAGGAGCGGGUGGUGCUGGAAGCCCCUGGGUUUUCCACCCCCACCCAGGGCACCCUCCUGCUCCAGGACUUUCCCCACAAGCGUCACCUCCUCCACCAGACCCAGCUCCACCUCGACCCUGCCCAGGGCAUGAUGGCCACAGCCAACAUCAAAGUGACAGCCAAGUCCCUGCCCCAGGCCGCGGGGAAGCAGUUUGUGUCGGUGACAGCACGGGUGGGACAGGUGACACUGGAGAAGGUGCUGCUGGUGUCACUCCAGAGCGGCCACAUCUUCCUGCAGACCGACAAACCCAUCUACACCCCUGGCUCCACCGUUCUCUGUCGCCUCUUUGCCCUCGACCACCUGAUGGAGCCAGCACCCAAGACUGUGAUUGUGGAGGUCAAGACCCCUGACAAUGUCAUCAUCAAACAAGUCCCCGUCUCCUCCCCAAUGAGGACCGGGAUCUUCUCCAUCAACCACAACCUCCCCGAGGUGGUCAGCUUGGGGACUUGGAGCAUCACAGCCAAGUUUGAAGAUUCCCCAGAAAGGGUUUUUAGCACCCAAUUUGAAGUCAAGGAAUAUGUGCUGCCAAGUUUCGAGGUGAUCCUAGAGCCAGAGGAAAAAUUCCUCUACCUGGACAGGGCAGAGGAUUUCCGAGUCUCCAUCACUGCCAGGUACCUGUAUGGGAAGCGUGUGGAGGGCUCGGCCUUUGUCCUCUUUGGGGUGCUGGUGGAUGAGGAGAAGAGGAGCAUCCCCGAGUCCCUCACACGCAUCCAGGUGACAGAUGGGGACGCUGAGGCCGUGCUGCCCAUGGCCACCCUGCGCCAGCGCUUCCCCAACCCCCAGGAGCUGCUGGGACAUUCCCUUUAUGUCACUGUCACCGUCCUGACCGAGUCAGGCAGUGACAUGGUAGAGGCCCAGCGUGGUGGCAUCCGGAUUGUGACGUCCCCUUACAGCAUCCACUUCACCCACACCCCCAAGUUCUUCAAGCCGGGGAUGCCCUUUGACCUGACAGUGUAUGUCACCAACCCUGAUGAGUCCCCAGCUGCUCGUGUGGCCGUCAUGGCCGAUGGCUUCCAGGGUUUGGUGUCCACCCAACGGGAUGGCACAGCCAAGUUGGUCCUCAACAUGCCAGCCAACAAGGACACUGUCCCCAUCACUGUGAGAACGUCCCAGCCAGGGUUGCCCGCCGAGCGCCAGGCCUGGCGGCAGAUGACGGCCACCGCCUACCGCAGCCAAGAUGGCUCCGGCAACUUCCUCCACUUGGCCGUGGGGGCCACCCAGGUGCAGCCUGGGGACAACCUCGCUGUCAACUUCCACCUCAAGAGCAACAACAACGCUGCCCGAGACUCCGUCCCCCACUUCACCUACCUGGUGUUGAGCAAAGGCCGCAUCGUCCAGGUGGGGCAGCAGCGCCACGAGCCCGGGCAGACCUUGGUGACAAUGUCCCUCCCGGUGACACCUGAGCUCAUCCCCUCCUUCCGCAUUGUCGCCUACUACCACAUAAAGCCCGGAGAGAUCGUGGCUGACUCCAUCUGGGUGGAUGUCAAGGACACCUGCAUGGGCAGUCUGAGCGUGAAGGGGGCGACAGAAGGUGACAACCGCGUGCACGAGCCGGGGACACCCAUGAGGCUGCGCAUCGAGGGUGACUACAAUGCCCACGUGGGGUUGGUGGCCGUGGACAAAGGGGUCUUUGUCCUCAACAAAAAGAACAAACUCACCCAAACCAAGGUUUGGGACACGGUGGAGAAAGGUGACAUCGGCUGCACCCCGGGCAGCGGAAAGGACAAUGUCGGGGUCUUCAUGGAUGCGGGGCUCAGCUUGGUCACCAAUGUCAACAUUGCCACCCCACAGCGAGGGGAGGUCCAAUGUCCCCAGCCUGCUACGCGCAAGCGCCGCUCCCUGCUGCUCGCUGAGGACAAAAGCAAGAAGGCCUCGGAAUACCCGGAUAAGCUCCUGAGGAAGUGUUGUGAGGAUGGGAUGAAAGAAAAUCCCAUGGGACACAGCUGCCAGCGCCGCAGCACCUACAUCCAGGAGGGGGAGGGCUGCGUCCAGGCCUUCCUCGACUGCUGCACCCACAUCCAGAAGGUCCUGGAGAAGAAGAAGCGACCAAUCAGCCGCCUGCUGGCCCGAAUAGCUUGGCCAAUGAGGUCACGGUCGAGAGGGAUGGUGCCACCCCCAGGCGAGGAAGAUGACAUCUUCCUGGAUGAGGAGGACAUCACCUCCCGGAGCCUCUUCCCAGAAAGUUGGUUGUGGCAAGUGGAGACACUGACAGAGAAGCCCAAUGAGCUGGGAAUCUCCAAGAAGACUAUUCCCGUGUACCUGAAAGACUCCAUCACCACGUGGGAGGUCCUGGCUGUCAGCCUCUCACCAACCAAGGGGCUGUGCGUGGCUGACCCCUACGAGAUCACAGUGAUGAAAAACUUCUUCAUUGACCUCCGUCUGCCCUACUCUGUGGUGAGGAACGAGCAGGUGGAGAUCCGGGCCAUUCUCUACAACUAUUGGUUGGAAGACAUCACGGUGAGGGUGGAGCUGCUGCACAACCCUGCCCUCUGCAGUGCUUCCACCUCCAAGGUUCGGUACCAGCAGCUCAUCAAGGUGAGGGGACAAUCCUCCUGGGCUGUCCCCUUCGUCAUCGUCCCCUUGCAGCUGGGCCUGCACGAUGUGGAGGUGAAGGCUGCGGUGCGGGGCAAAGCCGUGGCAGAUGGUGUCAAGAAGAAGCUCAAAGUGGUGCCCGAAGGGAUGAGGUUGGAGAAGACAGUGAAGAUCGUUGAGCUGGACCCAAAGACAAAGGGAAUCAAUGGCGUGCAGGAAGAAAGGGUGAGGGCAGCCAACCUCUCCGACAUCGUCCCCAACACCGAGUCGGAGACCAGAGUCAGCAUCCAAGGCAACCCCGUGUCCAUCAUGGUGGAGAAAGCCAUCGAUGGGGAGAAGCUGAAGCACCUGAUUGUCACCCCCGCGGGCUGCGGGGAGCAGAACAUGAUUGGGAUGACACCCACAGUCAUCGCCACCCAUUACCUGGACAGCACCCUCCAAUGGGAGAGCUUGGGUGUCGACCGACGAGCCGAGGCCAUCAACUUGAUCAGAAAAGGGUACACCCAACAACUUGCUUUCCGGAAGCCUGACAGCUCCUACGCUGCUUUCCUCAAUCGCCCAUCAAGCACCUGGUUGACAGCCUAUGUGGCCAAAGUCUUUGCCAUGGCCAUCAAGUUGGUUGACAUUGAACCCGAGGUAGUUUGUGGGGCUGUCAAGUGGCUCAUCCUGGAGAAGCAGAAGCCCGAUGGCAUCUUCCAAGAAGACGCUCCCGUCAUCCACAAGGAGAUGGUGGGUGGUUACCAAGGUGCAGAACCUGAGGUGUCCCUCACAGCUUUCGUCCUCAUCGCGUUGCAGGAGGCCCGGGAGGUCUGCAAGGACCACGUCAACAGUUUGGACGGAAGCAUCACCAAAGCCUCUGAGUACCUCUCCAAGAGGUACCAAUCCUUGGCCAGACCCUACACGGUGGCCUUGACCUCCUACGCCUUGGCCUUGGCCGGGAAACUCAAGAGCGAGAAAGUUCUCAUGAAGUUUUCCAAAGAGGGCAACCGGUGGGAGGAACGCAACGCCCGCACCUACAACAUCGAAGGGACGUCCUACGCCUUGCUGGCCCUGCUGCAGAUGGAGAAGAUGGAGCUGACGGGGCCAGUAGCCCGCUGGCUAGCCCAGCAGAACUACUACGGUGGUGGCUAUGGGUCCACUCAGGCCACCAUCUUGGUCUUCCAAGCCUUGGCCAACUACCAGGUGGCAUCUCCCACCCAACUGGAACUCAACUUGGAUGUUUCCGUUCUGCUCCCACGCCGUGCCCGAGCUGUCACCUACCGCAUCGAGAACCGCAAUGCCCUGGUGGCCCGCACUGCCGAGACCAAACUGAACGAAGACUUCACGGUGAAGGCUGAGGGGACAGGGAAGGGGACAAUGACAGUGGUGACAAUUUACAAUGCCAAGGUCCCCGAGCAGGACAACAAAUGUGACAAUUUUGACCUGAAAGUGGAAGUGGAGGAGGCCAAGGCCGGCAAGGAAGAGGAAGGAGUCUUCCGGUCCAUCAAGAUCAACAUCUGCACCAGGUUCCUAGACACUGUGGAUGCCACCAUGUCCAUCCUGGAUGUCACCAUGCUCAGCGGCUUCUUCCCUGACCUCCAGGACCUCAGGAGGCUGUCCCAGGGGGUGGACAGAUACAUCGCCAAGUUUGAGAUCGACAAAGGGGACCUCGAGCGCAGCAACGUUGUCAUCUACCUGGACAAGAUCUCCCACAAGACCGAGGAGUGCUUCUCCUUCAAGGCUCACCAGAGAUUCCAGGUGGGACUGAUCCAACCGGCAGCUGUCACUGUCUACAGCUACUACAAGAUCGAUGACCGCUGCACACGUUUCUAUCACCCUGAGAAGGAAAGGGGACAGCUCAGCAAGAUCUGCUAUGGGGAUGUCUGCCGCUGCGCCGAAGAGAACUGCUUCAUGAGGCCCAACCAGGACCUCUCCCUCACCGUGGAUCAACGGAUCGAGAGAGCCUGCGAGCCAGGAGUGGACUAUGUGUACAAGGUGAAGUUGGUGGCCGUGGAGCAGGGCCCCUCCCAUGACAAUUACAUCAUGAGUGUCACCUCUGUCAUCAAAAUGGGCACCGACGAGGACCCCGCAGGACACAACAGAACCUUUGUCAGCCACCAGCACUGCAGGGAGGCUCUGAGGCUCCAGCUGGGGGGCGACUACCUGAUCUGGGGGUUGGCUACCGACCUCUGGGUCACCGGCAACCGCUUCUCCUACCUCAUUGGGAGGGACACCUGGCUGGAGGAGUGGCCUGGGGACGUCGCCUGCCAGGACCCUCGUCACCAACCCCUCUGCCAGGACUUCGUCGAGUUCGCCGAGGCCAUGACCAUGUUUGGGUGCCCCACCUGAGACACCCAUGGGUGCCCCUCAUGUGUCCUUUGGAGGUUUUUUGGGGGGGUUUAGUUAAAAAAAGCCCUUUUGGAAAA